AUGGAAGGAGGAGCGCAUGGCGUCGGCUUCGCCUUCACGGACUCGGCCCAGCUUCAGCAGCAGCAUUACCAGGGAGAUGGCGGAGAGACGGGGCAGCAGGGAAACAACGGGGGAGCGGCGGCGGUGGCGAAGAAGCCGCCGGCGAGGGAUCGGCACAGCAAGGUCGACGGGAGGGGCCGCCGGAUCCGUAUGCCGAUCAUCUGCGCCGCCCGCGUCUUCCAGCUCACCCGCGAACUGGGGCACAAGUCCGAUGGCCAGACCAUCGAGUGGCUGCUCCGGCAAGCGGAGCCCUCCAUCAUCGCCGCCACCGGGUCGGGUAGCACACCGGCGUCCUUCUCCACAGUCUCUGCUGCUGCGUCUCAGACGAAUAAUCAGAACUGCCAUCCCUCCUCGUCCUCCUCAGCGUCGACCUUCUCCUCCUUCGACAACAAGCUAGGCAACGCUCACCCUCGCCACCUGCCACAGGCUCUGCCGGCGCCGUUCAUCCUCGGGAAGCGCCUCCGCGUGGGCGACGAACCAGACAAGGAGGACAACGCCGGCGGCGGCGGAGGAGGAGGAAGCUUUGGCAUGGGAAUUGGCGCAGCGGGGAGCUUCUGGGCGGUGCCUGCAAGGGCUUCCGAGUACGGACAGAUGUGGAGCUUCGCGACGCCGGAUAUCAUGAUGCCGCAAAGAGCAGCGGCAGCGGCGGCGGCUGCAGUGACGGGGAGGUUUGCGGCGACGCACCAGGGAGAGGAGGCUUCUGCGGUGAGAGUGGGAAACUACCUGUCGAUGACACAGGGGAAUCUCAACCUGCUGGCGUCCUUGUCGACCCCCCCAGCGGCCGCCAUAAGCGGGAGGCGAGAAGAGAGACCGCAUUGA